CCUCCCUCGGUCACAGACUCACAGUUCACAACACCAUCAACCGACCAAUCCAUCCAUCCAUCGCAACGUCCACCACGAUUCCCUGCCGACGCUUCCUCAUGGCGGCCGCCACCAACACCAAGCCGAAGAGGCAGCAGCCGGCACCGGUCCUGGACCCCAAGUUCGAAUGGGCGGACAAGGCCAGCACCUACGUGCUCCGCCUCAGCCUCGAGGGGUUCAAGAAGGGCGACUUCAGGGUGCAGGUGGACGGCGCCGGCAGGCUCACCGUGAGCGGGGCGAGGCCGGGUGCCACCCCGGGCUCCUUGCACAAGGUCUUCCAGCUCCCGUCUACCGCCAGCCUCGAUGACAUCGCCGGCCGCUUCGAGUCCGGCGUGCUCACGCUCACCGUGCCCAAGCGCGCGUACUCUGGUGUCCCCGCGCCGACGAGCAUCGAGGAGAUUAAGAGGGAUAAACCUGGUGUGGCCAAGGAAGACGUCAGGCCGCCGCCAACCAAAGACGUCGACGGCAACGAUAAGAAGGCGGCCAGCGGCGACGACAGCACCACCAAGCCUAAGGAAGAGAUCGCCAAGGAGGAGGAUGUGUCCAACAAGCCCAUGGACGAGGCCACGAAGAAUGCUCAACAGCAGAAGCAACCGGAGGAGGCAAGCAACCACAAACAAGAGCAGCAAAAGCUAGCACCAGAACCAGACGUGAAGAAGGAGCAAGAAGUGAAGCCUGAGGCUCCCGAAAAGCCGGCGCCGGAGCCGGAGGUUGCCAUCGACGAGAAGGACAAAGCGGUGGUUGACCAGGAGAGCCUGGCGGCGGGCGUGAGACGGCGCAUCGAGGAAGAGAAAGCCAAGGCUGCGGCCGCUGCCAUGGAAGCCAAAGCGGUGUUGGAGAAGAAGGCCACGGCGUGCAGCGGCUGGAAGCAGCGCGUGGCAGGGGGGCUGGAGCAGCUGACAGACAUGAAGUGGGCGGACAGCGUGGUGGAGAAGGCAAGGAACAACAAGGAGGUGGUCGCCAUCGCCAUCGCUGCUUUCUCGCUCGGCUUCUUCGUCUCUCACAAGUUAUUCAGGAAGUGAGCACCACACAUAUAAACAAUGGCUGAAUAUGUGCUGGAGUGGAAAUAUAUAGUUGUGUGAUUAAAGUGUACAUACAUAACAGAACAAACAUGUAAAUACAUUUGUGCAAGUAAAUUAAAGU